AUGCCCGACAAGAUCCUAGACGACAUCUCGCACCGCCGCUGGAACCCGCUCCGCGGGACCUACGUCCUCGUCUCCCCCCAUCGCACUAAACGCCCGUGGCAAGGCGCACAAGAAUCGCCCUCGCUGAUCGAGCUCCCAGACUUUGACCCCAAAUGCUAUCUCUGUCCAGGCAACUCACGCGCCUCAGGCGACAAGAACCCACACUACGACAACACAUUUGUCUUCGUCAACGACUAUAGCGCUGUCAAGGAGACACAAGAUGACUACACCUCCCCAGACGAGCCCGGUAGCCUCUCGAGUCUCCUCUUGCAGGCCGAGCCAGUCAAGGGCAAAUGCUACGUCCUUACGUUCAGUGCGAAACACAACGUUACCCUGGCAGACAUGACGCCCACUGAGAUCGUGCCUAUCAUCAAGACCUGGACCGAAAUCUAUACCGCCCAUCUCGAUCCCAAGUCGCCGUUGGCACAGCUGGCUGGUCCCACGCAUAUUCCACCACGCAGCGCACACAGCGACGUCGGCACACCACGCGAGCAGUACCGGUACAUGCAGAUCUUCGAGAACAAAGGCGCGGCCAUGGGCUGCUCGAACCCGCAUCCACACGGACAGAUCUGGACGACGACCAGCCUUCCCGAAGAGCCCGCCGCUGAGUUGACACAGCUGCGGAACUACCAUCGGCAGCAGGGGGGACAGCACAUGCUCGUGGACUACGCAAGGUUGGAAAAGGAGAAGAACGAGCGAGUAGUAUGGCAGAACGAGACUUUUCUUGUGAUUUGCCCCUGGUGGGCGGUCUGGCCAUUUGAGACCAUGAUCCUUCCGCUCAAGCAUAUUCGCUCGCUGGUCGAUCUGUCAGAGCAGGAGCAAAGCCAGCUGGCGCAGGCGAUUGCCGAGGUCACGAGGCGGUAUGACAAUCUAUUUGAGACGAGCUUCCCGUAUAGCAUGGGCAUCCACCAGGCGCCGUUGCAGGGUACGGAAGAGGAGGUUGAGUGCUCGAGUCUGCAUCUGCACUUCUACCCGCCACUGUUGCGGUCGGCGACGGUGAGGAAGUUCUUGGUCGGAUAUGAGCUUAUGGCGGAGCCGCAGCGUGAUAUUACGCCCGAGCAGGCGACCAAGCGAUUGCUCGAUUGUGGUGGUGAGCUGUACCGCAAGAAGCUGCAAGCUGAGACUGGAGACAAGGUCGACAUUCCUCCAGCUGGUGACCAUGCGCAGUGA